AUGGCGGCAGAAGCUGAACGAAGGCGAGAGAGGGAGCGCUUGGCUGUACUAGAAGAGAAACGACAGGCCGAUGCGAACGAAGAAAGGCGUCGCUUCGACAUGCUGGAAGCAAAAAGCAGGCAGACGCCAGAGAUGAAAGGCGCAGAUUGGCGGGAAUUCUCGGACCAGCAGAAUCGGGCACGGCGGGCAAGGGCCGAAGAGGAUAAACACAUAGAGCGUAAGAACGACAUAGAAGCGGCAGCGAUGGAGAGAAAAGCCAAAAUUACAACUGGAGUGUUAAGGGAGAAGAAGAGAAUGAUCGAUGGUGUGAACGAGAUGGUGCAGCAAGCCCAAAUCUCAGGUGUUGGGGGCCAGGCGGCUGGGAGGAUAUUGGAGGUAAUUGGGGAGGGUGGGCGAUGCCUUGAGUGA